AAAUAUUCCGUCUGUUUAAGGUACCAUACGGGAAUAUAGAUGUAUCAGAACAUCAUUUAACAGUUUGGAAUAAUAAACAGAUUAAAUGGUUAGAUCUCUCUCCAAACUAUACAGGUGACCUGACGAACUCUACCUAUGAGAAGUUGAAGCCUAAGAUGCUGGUUGACCAGACUAUGUGCUACGAGAACUAUCCUUGUCUAAACUAUGAGAUCAGCUCGGAGGAUCAGGCCGGUGUGCUGCCCUACCUGAACCUGGAGGAGUGGGUGGAGGGUGUGGAGUGUAGAGAGCCGGUCAAUCUCAAGCGGAAUUCGUUCCUUCUUCAUACUCAAAACAUAAACACUAUUAAAAGUAUUAAGGUGAUAAAGCAGAAUAUUAUGGUUCUCACUCAAAACAACCAACUCUUCUCCAUUAAUACUCAGUUUAAAACAGUCACACAUAUUUCCAGAUGUUCCGAUAAUCCCUGCUACGUUGUAGAUAAUGGUUCUGUGAUGUGCUCAGUUUCUCACAGAGUUCUAAAUAUAUUCUACAACACAGCGCACAACCAUGAUAGAAUAUGCAGGCUCAACUGUGAAGAGUUUGAGAAUAUCUGUUCUCCUCUUGUCAGUCUUAACUCUACAUCUGUUAUAGGAACAUCCCGCGGAGGUCACCUAGUUGAGAUAUUUGAUUUCUGGAACACUAACUGUGAUACUGAGUGCCAGCAUUAAAAAGAUUCUUUAUUAUUUUUGCUGGAAAACAAAUGUCGAACAUUUCCUUUGCGUGGCAAGAUGUCAAAAAAA